AUGUGCGCAUGUUCAGAGAUUGAGUGUAGCAUGUUUAGUGAGGCGACGGUGGCAGUGGCAGCUGCAGGGAGUGGGAUGCCCAAAGAGGAGAAGGCUCCCGAAGGGGAGGCAGCAGCUUUGCAGGUCCAAGCCCUGAUGAGUGCACACUGCCUAGCAUUGGUGCUUGGAGUGGGUAUUGGGGGUGUUACCUCUGGAGGCUGCCUCUGGGACAGUAAAGGACUUGCUAAAGCAAACUCUGAUGUAAUGCUGGCAGGUCAGGAAGCCAUCUUUAUCCUGGCACGAGUUUUGGAGCUGUUUGUGGAAACUAUUGCAAAAAAUGCCUACUGCUGUGCUCAACAAGGAAAGAGGAAAACUCCCCAGAGGAGAGAUUUGGAUAAUGCAAUAGAAGCUGUGAAUGAAUUCACUUUUCUAGAAGGCACUUUGGAUUGA